CAGACCAAAAAUAAAAAAUAAAAAAAAAUAAAAUUCACAAUACAAAGCCCGCACAGUUCUAUUUCCAGCCCUUGUCCUCUUCAGCCCAAUUCAUUUAUUUAUUAAACUCCAGUGCUGCUGUCAGUACCAUCUUAUGGGUUUAUAUGCUUUUUUUCCCCCAAUUGGACCAAAUAUAUGGAGGUUGAUCCUCGCGAUCAUUGUGACAAGGAAGAAAAAAUAGCAAGCAUUAGCCCAUGGAAACGGAAACGCCCUGAAAGUCGGGGCCCCUACAAAAUUACCGUGCAUUCUUUUUGGGAGAAGUUUGAUGAUUAUACAUAUGCUAACAUGGACUUGGAUAUUGAUACCAAAAAAACUGCUUUGAAAGCUUCUCCAUCUGUUGUCAGCGUUGUAUCCCUUACAGGUGGGAAUGCAUUAUUUAUGGGCUCUGGCACAAUCAUAGAUUGUGAGAAUGUCAACGGUACAUAUUUCAGUACCAUCUUAACUUCUGCUAGUCUCCUUAGGUCUUCUGCAGAAUUAGAAGCGGUACCCGAGGAUAUCAAGAUUGAUGUUUAUAUUUCAGAUGGCAAAUUGUUUGAGGGUCGAGUGUUUGCCUAUGACUUUCAUUUCAACAUUGCUUUUAUCAAAAUUGAAUCUAAUGCGACUUUACCAACUGCAAGUCUAAGGCUAUUGGAAGACUCUAUCAGUAUAGAUCCAAAUGAUAUCCCCGGCUCAGACUCGUUUCAGCUUCGUCCUCUUUCAAAUGUAUCUAAACUUUGUCCUGGAGAUAUUGUUGUAGCAGUUGGUCGCUUCUUUGAUGCACCAUAUAAUCUCAUGGCUGCUCGUGGUCAAUUCAGUCUUGACUGCUGCAAGUUCGAUUGUAAAGAGCUUUUCAGGGCGAACUGCAAAAUUUCGAAAUUUGGUAUCCGCGGACCCCUUAUCAAUCAUUAUGGAGAAGUCAUUGGAGUCAAUUUUUAUGAUUCGCUAUGUACACCUUUUCUCCCAAUCAACAUAGUUUCUAAUUGCUUGGAGCACUUUAAGAAAUAUGGGAAUUUCUGUCGACCUUGGCUUGGAAUGGAAAUGGCUAAUCUUUAUGCGGCAAGUGUAGACAAGUUGGAAAGAAUUAUCCAAAAGUUCCCCAAUAUUGUCAAAGGUGUUCUUGUUGAAAAGUUCUAUGGAAUAAUAUGGGACAAGGUUGGCAAAUCUAUGGAGGUGGUUGUGAUAAGAGAAAGAAGUGACGCCCUUUUGAAUCUAACCAUGGUUGUUGAGGAGACUAGCGCAGACAAAUUUAACAGGUGGCCGCUCCCCAAAAGAUCCAUGGUAUCUGUUGGUAGAAUUCGUCGACGAUAGUUAUGAACACAAAGACACGGAAUUAUUGAAAGUGAUGUCCGCUUUGCGCACGCUCAAUUUUGUUAUGCUGAUCAAUUGUGGGCAUUUUUUUGGGUACAAUCAUGCAUAGUUUUAUAGUUUUCACCCUUCUUAUUUAUUUUGUAUCUAUUGGAUUCGUUUUCCAGUUAAUUAAUUGCAUAUUUAAUUACCUUAAUCCUAUGAUGAGAUCUAAGUAUUCUGUGAU